GUGCUGCACCUGUGUGCUGAGCGCCUGCUAUGUGUUCGGCUGCAUUCUAGGCAGUGGAGCCAGGAGUACGGGAGGUUCAAGACAAGUGUAGCUCUGGGUUCAGGGGACGCAGGUGUUGCUCUUCAUGUAGUAGUGAUGGAGCGUGGUUGCCGCACCUGUCAUGACUGCUCUAGGGAGUCAGAGACAGAAGGAUCGAUGAGUUCUAGACCGGCCUUGGCUACAUAGCCAGCCCAUAUUUCAGAAUAAAAACAACCAAAAGAAAUAACAGGCGUUGUGGUACACCCAGGAAGCUGAGGCAGAAGGAUUGCUGCGAGUUCUAUAUCAGUCUGGGCUACAAAACCAGACGCCGCCUGAAAAACAACAGAUAAGCCAGGGGGCUGUUUGGAGACUGGAAGAUCUGGAGCUCAAGGACAGUCAGGCAGCGAUGGCUUCCAAGCGCAUCACCCAGGAAACCUUCGAUGCUGCAGUGCGGGAGAACAUUGAGGAGUUUGAGAUGGGCACCGAGGAGGCCAUUCGAGAGGCUGUGGAGCAGUUUGAAUCACAAGGGGUUGAUCUGAGCAAUGUUGUGAAGACAGCACCAAAAGUAUCCUCGGACGGCCUCCAGGAGCCCACACAUGAUGUCCUGCAGGCUCUCAGCGAUCUGCAGGAGUCCCUGACUGGCUCUCGGCUCCAGGAAGUGUCAACCCACCUUGUCCGCUUCUGUGACCAGUGCAAGCAGCAGAAGGCCAGCCGCUACCUGGCAGCCCAGAAGGGAGCCUACCCAAUCCUCCUGGCUGCUUGGCAGCUGGCUGCCACUAGUGACCAGGGUCUUCUGCUGCAGGCUCUCAAUGCCCUGGCAGUGCUGACUGAUGGCCAGCCUGACCUCCUGGAUGCCCAGGGCUUGCAUCUUCUAGUGGCCACGCUGGCACAGAAUGCUGCCAACACUGAACUCACAUGCUGUGGGAUCCGCUGCGUGCGUCAUGUCUGCCUAAAGCAUGAACAGAAUCGUCAGGGCUUGGUGAAAGCCGGCGUGCUGCCCCUGCUCACAGCGGCUAUUACACAGCAUGGCCAGCAUGCUGAUGUGGUCAGGGAGGCCUGCUGGGCCUUGCGGGUCAUGACCUUUGAUGACGAUAUCCGAGUGCCCUUUGGUCAUGCCCAUGAGCAUGCCAAGAUGAUUGUUCAGGAGAACAAAGGCCUGAAGGUGCUCAUCGAGGCUGCCAAAGUGUUCUCUGACAACCCGGGGGUCCUGAGCGAACUCUGCAGCACCCUGUCCCGCCUGGCUGUUCGGAAUGAAUUCUGCCAGGAGGUUAUAGAUCUCGGAGGCCUUGGCAUCCUUGUGACCCUGCUGGCUGACUGCAAUGACCACCAGGACCUCGUGAAGCAAGUGCUCAGUGCCCUGAGGGCCAUCGCAGGCAACGACGAUGUGAAGGAUGCCAUUGUCCGGGCAGGUGGUACUGAGUCCAUUGUGGCUGCCAUGACCCGGCACCUGGCCAGCCCCCAGGUUUGUGAACAAAGCUGCGCAGCACUCUGUGUUCUGGCUCUUCGCAAGCCGGAGAACAGCCGGGUCAUUAUUGAGGGCGGCGGGGCGUUGGCUGCUCUGCAGGCCAUGAAGGUGCACCCACAGGAGCCUGGUGUCCAGAAACAGGCUUGCAUGCUGAUCCGGAACCUGGUGUCGCGCAGCCAGGUCUUCUCCAAGCCCAUCCUGGACCUGGGGGCAGAGGAGCUCAUUUUGCAAGCCCGAGCUGCCCACCCAGACUGUGAAGAUGUGGCUAAGGCUGCAUUGCGAGAUCUAGGCUGCCGUGUGGAGCUUCGUGAACUGUGGACAGGAAAGAAGGGCAACCUAGCACUGUGACCUUGGUUCAGAGAGCUCUGACUCUAGAACAUGGGUGGCUAUGGGGCCCUGCCUCUCUGUCCCUCAUCCCAUGCUACCCAGAGCACAAGUGUGCUAGUGGGGGGGUUGAGGGGGAGCAGAAGCAGUGAUGACCUGGUGGCCCACCACUCCCAGUGCCCCUUCCACCACAGUCGUUCUUGGCAGCUUUGGGGCAAAGGGCACAUGGAACUGCAGUGUUCUGUCUAGGAGUUUGGGGCCUCCACAAGCUGGUGUCCCGGCAGGGCCAGCCUGCAAUCUGGGCACCACUCCAAGCAGUUGAUAACUCUGCUCCUUGGGCAGGCUCCCUGGGUAGAGGGGCUUCAGCCAAGGCUGAUUCCCCAAGAUCCACAUGGUGGAAGGAGGGGAGGUGACGCCUCCAAAUUGUCUCUGAACUCUGUAUGUGUGCUGUGGUGCACACACAUGCUAGCUAAACAAACAAAUAAAUCAGUGUAAUUUUAAAGCA